AUGCGGGUGCAGGACGAGGACGACGACGAGGACGGCCUCGAGGUCGAGCCGGAGGAGGACGAGCAGGACGACGAGGACGAGGCGGCGAGCUCGUCUGAGCACGAGCAGGACUCGCGGUCCGAGGGCGAGAUCCAGGCCAUCGGGCACGAGAUGGAUGGCGUCGAGCGGUCCGUGCCAGGGCUGCUCGGCAAGUACCACCUCGUCGACCGCCUCGGAGAAGGCACAUUCUCGUCGGUCUACAAGGCGGUCGACCUGCACCACGAGUCGUUCGACAACUCGUCGUGGCAGCCGCAGGCCCAGGCGAGGAGGGGCAAGGUCUACGUCGCCGUCAAGCGCAUCUACGUCACGAGCUCGCCGAGUCGCAUCCUCAACGAGCUCGAGAUCCUGCACGACCUGCGCGGCGCUCGGAACGUCGCCUACCUCGUCGACGCGAUCCGCCACGAGGACCAAGUCGUCGCCGUCAUGCCCUUCAACCGCCACCAAGACUUCCGAACCUACUACCGCACCGCGACACUUCCUCUCCUCCGCUCCUACUUCUCGUGCCUGUUCCGGGCUCUCGCCGCGACGCACAACCUCCAGAUCAUCCACCGCGACGUCAAGCCGGCCAACUUCCUGUUCGACAUCACGACCGGCCAGGGCAUCCUGUGCGACUACGGCCUCGCGCAGAAGAUUGGCGGCGACGAGUGGUUCGAGUGGAAGUCGGACUGCCUGCACUCGCUCCCCGGGCCGAGCUGGGGCGGCGUCGCCGACCGCAAGCGCGUCCAGAACAAGCUCGAGCGCCUCGUGCCCGGCACGUGCCCGGGCCUGUCGUUCUACAAGAGCUGGCGGCCGGCGCUCCAGGUCAUGCAGCUCAAGGGCAAGCAGCGGCCCGGGUACCUCAAGGAGGACCGCCGGCCGAGCGUGCGCGCCAACCGCGCCGGGACGAGGGGCUUUCGUGCGCCCGAGGUGCUCCUCAAGUGCCCGGACCAGACCGUCGCGCUCGACAUCUGGUCGGCCGGCAUCAUCCUCCUGUGCUUCCUCACCCGCCGCUUCCCGUUCUUCAACUCGAACGACGACACCGAGGCGCUCGCCGAGAUCACGGCCAUCUUCGGCCGCCGCAAGAUGGAGCGCUGCGCCGCCCUGCACAACCGCACGUUCGAGACCAACAUCCGCGAGUACGACACGGUGGCGCACGCCAACCUGCACUCGCUCGUGCGCGAGCUCAACCCGCCCAUCAUCGUCGAGAACUCGCCCGACCCGUACGGCCCGAUCCCGCCGUCCGACGAGAGCGUCGCAGAGUGGUACCAGGGGAGCGAGGUGUCGCAGGUGGUCGACCUCAUGAAGCGUUGCCUCGAGCUCGACUGCACGAAGCGGUGGACAGCGCAGGAGUGCCUCGAGCACCCCUUCUUUCGCGGGACCUACGACCUCGGGCUCGGCCGCACCGUCUUUCGCGAGAGCGGGUACGAGGAGAACAUGACGUCGGUCUGA